GUUAUGUUUCCAUUGAUGUGAAACAAUGAAGGAGGUGCUGUUUUUAAUUUUACUAGUGCUAGUCAGCAAGGCUUAUACUUUUCUUCCGAAAACCUAUGAUGCUCGUUUUAUAUCACUGUACUCCACGGGCCCAGAGAUCGUUGAUUUUAGCACAAUUCGAUUUUUAGGACGAGAUCAUCGGGCAAAUGGCACUUUGGAAAUAAUGGAAGACAUGGAUGAUACAUUUUCGGUUUCUGCUGAAAGUUUCAUCGAUUCCAGUGGCGGUGGCGAUUACAAGACGCUUCCUUUUUCCAUUCCCCUACAACCAUUCUGCAAAAGCAUGAACUCAUAUUGGUCGUACUUUGAUGCAACCUUGAAGUACGGAGAGAACACAGAUCUUCCCGUUGACACCCGCCCAUGUCCCAUGCCGAAGGGGGUUUACUAUGUAAAGGAUGUGCUCAUCAAAACCGACGGUUGGCCGACUAUAAUGCCGCGAGGCUUUUUAAAGGGCGUGGCCAACCUAUUCAAGAAUGGCGAAUAUGUUGGCCAUCUGGAAGUUGUUUGUCACAUUACGGAUCUAGCUUAAUUUAGGAUAAAAUAUUUGCAAGAAUACCAAGAAAAUGAUCCAUUUGCAAAUUUGUAUUUACUUCUAGGAGUUUAUUUUUAUUGUUAGAAAUUUAAAUGAUUUCUUAAAGUUCCAAACUCAAUUUUUCUCUAUCGCUCCCCAAUGAAGCUCCACUGUAUACCUUCCUGUUCUCU